AUGGAUAUUCAAUACAAAUCAGCUUUACCUUUUGUAUUGCUAGUCUUCAAUGCCGUUCUAGGUUCUUUAUUUUUCGGAUAUUCUAUUUCCUAUCUAAAUUCAGCCUCAAAUUUUUACCCCAUUUAUUAUCUAAUCAUUGAUUAUGAUGUCUCGACUUAGAAUUUACUUAAAGCUCUAGUUGGAGGUAUCAAAAUUAAAAUAAUAGUAUUUAGCUAUUUUUACUUUAUCUGCUGGAGCUGGAGCAAUGCUUUCAGGCAAUUUGUUACAAAAAUUUAGUAUAAGAAAAUCUUUUAUGAUUACUGAUUUAAUUGGAAUAAUUGGGGUAUUACUCGAAAUAAUAUCUAAUAUUUAUUGGUUUUAUCUUGCAAGAAUUUUAAUUGGUUUUUGUGUUGGACUUAAUUCUUCACUUAUUCCAUUAUAUAUUAAAGAAUUUUCACCUAAUAGAUUAUCAGGAUCACUAGGAGCAUUAAAUUAACUUACAAUUAAUAUUGGAAUAUUGAUAGGACUUAUUUCAGCUUUGUAAUUUUAUAUUUAACUUUAGUUUUUAUAAAUCAAAUGUAGAUGAAUAAUCUAAUGAUAAUAUUUUUAGAUUAUUUUUAGAAAUACCACUCAUAUUUUGUGUAAUUAGAACUUUGUUAUUGAUAUUUGUAUUUAAAAAUGAACCACCAUCUUACUAUGUUCAAUAAAAUUAAUUAAGUUAGGUAUUUAAUUUGAUAAGAAGGCAUAACAAAUUGUUGAGAAAUAUUAUUUAAGAGAAAAAGUUGAUUAAGUCUUAGAUAAGAUUAAAUCAGUUAUAGAAUCAAAGAGACUGUAGAAAGAAACUUAUAAGGAUCUUUUUAUGAAUUAUAGUUAAAGAAAACGAUUAUUAAUUGGUUGUGGACUCUAAGUUUUGUAAUAAUUUUCAGGAAUAAAUGCAAUUAUGUUUUUUUCUAAAAUUAUAUUUUCAUCUGUAAUUAAUUAAAUGUAAUAUUUUAGAUUCUCAAUAAUGAUGAGACAAAAAUUAAUUGGGCAAAUGUGACAGUUGGUUUAAUUAAUAUAACUUUUAGUUUAUUGGCAAUAAGUUUAUUAUAAAAAUUUGGAAGAAGAACAUUAUUAUUAUAUGGAACUAUAACUUGUACAAUAUUUCUAGCAAUAGCAUUUGGUUUCUCAUUUUCAUAAGAUCCAAAUACUACAAUAGAAAUUUUAAUUGUAUUAGCAAUAUUUGGAUAUCUUGGUGCAUUCUAAUUAUCUUUAGGACCUGUUGCAUGGGUAUAAAAUAAAAAAAAUAUUAAUAAUUUAGAUAUAUGAUGCUGAUAUCUUAUCUGAGAAAGGAAUGUCUUUAGCAGUACUUUGUAAUUGGAUAAGUUGUACAUUCAUAGCUUUUGCUUUUGUUAUUUUAGAUAUUGAUCAUAACAAAGAGAGAUUGUCUAUUGUUUUUGGAGUUUUUACUGGAUGUUGUGUUUUAGGAGUGUUUUUCAUAUUCAAAUUUGUUUAAGAAACAAAAGAUAGAACAUCAUCAGCAAUAAACAUAUUUUUCUCAUUAACUAAAGUUAAAGAGGAAGGUUUAUUAGGAUGA